UUGCCGGCAUUGGCACAGUGGCAUUUUGGUAAAUUUGGGGCCUUGAUUCCUGGAAGGCGUUCGUCUUCUCCCUUUCCCUUCCAACACAAGUCUUCUCUUCUCUCUCUCUCUCUCUCGCUCUCGCGUCGUGGUUGCCAUCGUCUGCCUCUUCUUCUUGUUCUUUUACUUGGAAGAAAAGGAGCAUAAUGCUGGAGAGGCCGUGCAAGGUCCGCGCGUCGGCGGAUCCGAAGCCGUGGACGUCCGACGGGCGCCGUCCCUCGCCGCCGCCCCCUCCUCCCUCUUCCGCCGCCGCCGAGGCCGGGAAUGGGGGAAAUUUCGAUCGAGUCCUCUUCAAGAACCUCGUCGAGAUGGUCCCCCUCGUUGAGUCGCUCAUGGAUCGGAGGGCGAACUCGUCUUUUACGCGGCGGGCGUCGGUAGUCUACACACCUGCGCCAUCCAAUUCGAAGAAGGCUGCUGAAUCAAAAGACGGAAGAGCAUCUCAAACUAUUUCUGCGAAAAAGCGAAGGGAUUUAGACGCUGCUCAAAGAAACGAUCAAAAUGGUUCUUCUGAUGACUUGUCUAUCUUCUCAAGAAAUGUGGAAGUUGAGAAUUCCCUAAAAGAUAGGGAGGAGUUAAGCAUAUUAAGGGAACAAGUAAAUGAUCUACAAAGGAAGAUAGUAGAGAAAGAUGAAUCUCUAAAAUCAGCAGAGAUUGAAAUCAACCAGAUGAAAGCAGCAUGUGCAUCCAUUGAUGAAUUGAAAUUUCAAAUUGCAGAGAAAGAUUCUUUGGCUAAAUCUAUUAAUUCUCAGUUAAACAAUGCUAAGAUUACUCUUGCAGACAAGCAAGCAGCAUUGGAGCGACUGACCUGGGAGGCACGAAUGUCUAACAGGAAAAUUGAGGAACUUCAAGGGGAAAUAAUCUCUAUGGAUUAUGAGAUCGCUGCAUUGAUGCAGAUUUAUGAAAAAUUAUGUAUAAACAACUCAGCUGUAUUUUCUGAUGACAGUCUAAGUUCAUACAAUUUGGAACCCCUUCCAGUUGCAAAUGAAAUCGAUGAUAUCGAAAUAGAGAAAAUGGAAGAGGCAAGAACAUACUACCGUGCAUCUGUUGCUGCUGCAAAAGAGAAUCCAACUGAGGAGUCAUUAGCUACAGCUGCUGAGCAAUGAAUAAAUGAGAAGGCAUCUGUGGAUAGAUUUGGAGGAUCAGUAUACGUUGGUGGAUUUCUUUUGCCCUUUCUUUCACUUGAUUCGGACAUUAGAUCACUUCGGGGAGCACAAUUAGGGCGCAGCUUAUUCAUGGGACAAAAGAUAUUUCUCUUCAAUGGAGCACAUCCUUUGGCAGUUGUUCCUGCGAAUCCAUGAUACAAACUAAAUCAAAGAACAAAUGUAGAUAACAAUUUAUAGGUUACAGCAUACAUUCUUGACUACCAGACAUUUUGCCAAUCGCCAUGAAAUGGUUCAGAUGGAAUCAUCAAUCCGAAACCUGCUAGCACUUGGAUCUCUACAUCAACAAAAAUAUCUCUGUUUGUUUCUAGGGAUACAUGGACGGGAACUAAAUCUUCAUCCAAAAGUUGAAAUGGAACUUUGAGCAACAACAACAUGACGGUUCGGAUUAGUAGGAAUGUUCUCUAGCUUGACAUCAUUACUGAGUCGCAUGUCUGAAUUGCUUGGCUGGCAAAGUAUCUGACAUCCACA